GUGUGUUGAUCCAGCGUUGUUAUCCAGACUAUGUUCUUAUGACAACAGUGUAGAAUGGGACUGGAUAUUAUAACUGAGGCAGCCGAGGCGAGUCGGGGCAAUUUAUAGAGGGAUGUCCAGAAAAUAAAAAGGUGUCCUGGCCUUUAGAUUGACCCAAGAAUGCCACUAGUGAAGAGGAACAUCGAGCCCAGGCACCUGUGUCAUACAGUGCUGCCUAGAGUCAUCAAGAAUGAACUGGAAUGCGUGACAAACGUUUCACUGGCAAAUAUAAUACGGCAGCUUAGCAGCCUGAGUAAAUAUGCAGAAGACGUGUUUGGCGAGCUGUUUAAUGAGGCCCAUGCAUUCUCAUUCCGGGUGAACUCUCUACAAGAGCGCGUGGACAGCCUCUCCGUCAGUGUGACACAGUUGGACCCCAAGGAGGAAGAACUUUCCCUGCAGGAUAUCACCAUGAGAAAAGCCUUCAAAAGCUCCACUAUCCAAGACCAGCAGCUCUUUGACCGCAGGACAUUGCCUAUUCCACUGCAGGAAACAUACGACCUGUGUGAGCAGCCCCCACCACUCAACAUACUAACUCCUUACAGGGAUGAUGGCAAGGAGGGUUUGAAGUUCUACACAAACCCUUCUUAUUUCUUCGAUCUGUGGAGGGAGAAGAUGUUGCAAGAUACAGAGGACAAAAGGAAAGAGAAAAGAAAGCAGAAGUUACAGGAUUCCAGCAGAUUAUCUCAGACCUGUAGGUUUUUAGGCCAUCCUGGUCAGCUGAAAAACAUAGAUCGUCCUCAGGAGCCUGAGAAAGUGCCCAGGGCUCCUCAUGACAGGCGUAAGGAGUGGCAGAAGCUGGCCCUCGGACCCGAGCUGGCAGAGGACGAGUCGGACGACCCCCACAAACAGAGAGACCUCGCCAAUGGCGCAGCAACUUACUGCGACGCAAGGCAACCUGCUUACAUGGAUCCUAUAGAUGGACCCUUUUCGCUGGCAGCGUUACCUUACAGUCAGAUGAAUGAGCUUCUGAACAGAACCGGGGACAGGAUGCACGUCAGACCGCAUGAGCCUCCCCCACCUCCACCAAUGCACGGAGGAGGGGACCUCAAAGCACCCUCCAUUAUCAGCUCUAGUUCCGGAUUGACAGACAGUCGCCCCCAGUCUCCAGCGAGAACACCAGUGUUCCAAAACCCCUCAGCACACCCUCCUCCCCCACCACCCUUACCCCCUCCACCACCCCCACUUCCACUAAACCCACCCUCCUCAGGGAUGCGGGGAACCCCUCCUCCCCCCGUCCCCCCUCCUCCUCCCAUGCAUCCACCUGCCAUCCCCCCUCCACCUGCCCCUCUUCAGAUUGCCCAUGGUGUCCUCCACCUUGCCCCUCCGCCCAUUGCCCCACCUCUGGCCCAGCCAGCCUCCCCGGCACGGCUCCCACAAGCUCCAGAGAAGGGGCCCCUUCACCCCCCGACAGAGAGCCAGGUCCUCCCUCCCCCACCCCCGCCCCCGCCACUGCCCUUACCGGGGCUCAGGUCUGCUUCUCCUUGCCUCGCUCCUCCUCCCCCCGGGCCGCCCCCUGUGCCUUCCUUCUUGUUAGCCGCCAACCUUUCCUCCGAAUCCAAGCGUCACCCCUCCAACCUUCCCGUCAUCACCGAUGCCAGGAGCGUGCUUCUGGAAGCAAUCCGCACAGGUAUUCAGCUUCGAAAAGUGGAGGAGCAGCGGGAACAAGAGGCGAAGCACGAUCGCGUGGGUAACGACGUGGCCACCAUCCUGUCACGCCGCAUUGCUGUGGAGUACAGCGAUUCGGAGGAUGACUCAGAAUUCGACGAGGUUGACUGGCUGGAAUAAAACCUGGAUUUAUUUCUCUUUUUCACAAUAACUGAUAAGUGCUGUCAUCCAUAUGUGGUUCUCAUUUGGGGGGGAAAAUAAAUUUGACAGUCAUUUGUUUUUGCAACUGUUUUGUACUCAUUUUCUACACUACAUCUUUAAAAGUUUCUUAUUUUUUUCAAUAAUAAGAAUCUUCCAGAUUACAUAUUUUAAAAAAUAAUAGUAAAUAAAAUUACAUUUUUACUGUGAGUUUUGUGGGAGGGAAAAAUAAAUCUAAAAAACUGUUGCCGUUAAGUAUUAGUGGGAGUUGGUACGCAUUGUCUUUGAAGUCAGUUCUUUUACCACAGCGCCCUCUCCUGGAAAAACACUACUGCAUUUUUUUUUUAUUCCAUUUUCUAAUGGGGCGCAAACUGAAUUGAGGAUUUACUAGACUCAAAUAUUUUGCAUGAGCAGCUAACAUACAUAAUGUAUUGACUGGUUGUUUAAUUGUAUGCGCACUUUGUGAAUACUGACUUGAAGAAUCCAUCUAAGACUACAAGCCUUGAGGCAGCUUUUUUAUAACAUUACGACUCUACAUCUGCUAAAUGCGAAUAUUAUGCCCUCUUGGAUCAUAUGUCUGCUGCGAUUACAAACUGAAAUAGGUACACUGCCUAGAUUUUAAACCUGGGAAAGAUACCCUUACUCUAGACUGCCUGUAAAAAAAUAUAUUGUUGUUAUUUUCGUAUACUAUGCCGCAUUAUUGUUUUUUUUAUUUUAUCAUUAUUUUCAUUUUUGUUCAUGAAUGUCCUGUGCUGUACUAUUUUGCCUGCACUCUUUAAGUACUAGCUGUUUCUACGUCAAAACAACUGAUUUGAAUAUACUGUGUAAUUUAUGUAACUGUUUACUGUUUGCUUGAUUUAAUAAAAGUUAAGCUUAUGUUUAGAGUAA